AUGCCCCAUCCACCCCCCGAAAAACCCCUGCCAGAACCCCCCCGCACCCGCGGCGUCCGCCUCCAGGCCCGUCUCGCCAGCCUCCUCGCACGCGUCACCAAGCCCAAACCCAACCCCGCCUCCAACGCAGACGGAGACGGCACCCCGCCACCGCCCGCCGACGACGGCCCGCCGCACCCCCUGCAGACGACGACCCUCUACCCGCCGGACCCGCCGGACCCCAAGCAGACGCGCAGCAGCGGCAGGAAGCUCGCCCGCUCCGACGCCGCGCGCCGCACGAGCGCCUUGGACGCCGCCUUGGCGUCGCUGCGGAGACGCGGCAGGAAGACGAGCGAUGUCAGGCCCGGCUAUUUCGACGCCGGCGGUGAGGAGCCGGCUGGGCCGGCGGCCGAGAGCGCGGAGGGGCUCGAGAUGAAUGUGGCCGGGUCGGCCAUUCCGAGCAUCCUCGAGGAACCAGAGCCGGCGGGUGCGCGAGCGGAGCUGACACGCCGACAUGGGAACCAGGGCGAGGCACGGGGGCAUGAGCAUGCAGGGGAGGAAAAAGAAAAAGUCAAGGCUGCCGAACACUGA